AUGGCAUCCGCCCUCAAACCACACGCCCUCCGCCUCGGCCGAAGCACCCUCCUCACCCCCACCGCCCGCACCGGCCUCCUCUCCCUGCGCACCACAAAACCCCCCCUCACAACCCCCGCCACCCCCUCCACACGCCGGCACAAAUCCGGGCCCUACGGCUACACGCAAGCCAAAACCCUCGUCUUCUCGUCCUUCGGCGAGCCCGCCGACGUGCUCCACCUGCACACCUCCUCCAUCUCCCCGCAGCUGCGCGACGGCGCCGCGCUGCUGCGCGCCCUGGCCGCGCCCGUCAACCCGGCCGACGUCAACACCAUCCAGGGCACCUACGGCUCCCGCCCGGCUUUUUCGUCCCUGCUGGGCACGGCGGAGCCGGCGGCGGUGCCCGGGAAUGAGGGGUGUUUUGAGGUUGUUGCGGUUGGGGGUGGGGUGACUGGGUUGGGGAGGGGGGAUUGGGUCAUCCCCGCGGUGGGGGGGUUUGGGACGUUCCGCACGCAUGUGGUGGUGGAGGAGGCGGAGAGGGUGCUGUUUCGGGUUGGGGGGGAGAGGGGCGUGGAAGGGCUGACGGCGAAGCAGGUGGCGACGGUGAGUGUGAAUCCGUGUAGUGGGUACAGGAUGCUGAAGGAUUAUGUGGAUUUGGUGGAUUUGAGUGUGAAGAGCUUUGCGAGGGGGGAGGGGGCGACGGGGGGUGCGUGGUUCUUGCAGAAUGGCGCGAAUAGCGGGGUUGGGCGGUCGGUGAUUCAGCUGGGGAAGUUGUGGGGGCUGAGGAGCAUCAACGUGGUCCGGGAGCGGGCGACCCCCGAGGAGACGGAGGCGUUGAAGAGCGAGCUGAAGGAGCUGGGCGCGACGGUGGUGGUCACGGAGAGCGAGUUCCUCGAUCGGUCGUUCACGGCGCGACUGAAGGAGGAGUGGACGCGGGGCGACAAAGAGCCGUUGAUGCUGGGGCUGAACUGCGUCGGCGGCAAGUCGGCGUCGGCCAUGGUCAAGGCGCUGAGCCCCAAGGGCUGCAUGGUCACAUACGGCGGCAUGUCGAGGCAGAGCUUCCCAUUCCCGACGGGGCCGCAGAUCUUCAAGCGGCUGCGGUUUGAAGGUUUCUGGCUGAGCGAGUGGGCCAAGGAGAACCCGGCCGAGAAGCGGAAUACCGUGAACGAGAUUCUGGACCUGAUGCGGGACGGCAAAUUCAAAGAGGCACCGUUCAAGGAGGUGGAGUGGAACUGGGAUACUGAAGAGAAGGUACUCAAAGACGCCAUUCAAGGCACAUUGGAGGGUUUCCGGGGUGGGAAGGGCCUCUUUGUAUUCGGGGAGACCUAA